AUGGUCAACGUUAGGCACCCUCGCUGUGCCGAUCCGGAUUGCAAGCGCCAACCGUCGUUCGGGAAGGCAGGAGGGAAGACGGCCGUCUACUGCGUGGUGCACAAGGAGCCGGACAUGGUGGACGUGGUGAACAACUACCAAAGGCAGGGCAAGAAGAGGAAGGCGCGGGAGUAGUGUAGACUUCUCAGAUGUAUCUAAGCGAAGAGUCUACCGUUAGAAUAUAUCUAUCAUAGGAAUGAGCAUCAUACUCCAGCAGGAAGAUAUUGGGCAUUGGCAAUUCGCGCGCGGUCGUCGUUUUGGUGUUUUUCUCUCGGCAGCGAGACCGUUGUUUUGACAUGAUGAUAGUUUGGCGUCGCCUUGGCACGCCUCGCUCAUGUGAUGCAGAGGACGGAGCGUUCCGUUCGCCAUGGCGUGUUGUAGGAAGCCCGCGAGGUAACAUGCUGUGCGGCGGAUUGUCCUUUUCGUUGUCGAAACUUCGUGUACAUGAAAACAAGAUGAUCGGAGUGAAAAACGUUUUUUUCACGAUUAUGCGGAGUGAACGAUAUCAGUGCCCGUGACUGCAACUGUAAGGAGCCGCUUUAUGCCCCCCCUUCCCCCUUCAACCGGUGGUUCGUGUGGCUUGCGAUCUGGAGGAUGGCGUUUUUCCAAUAUUUGGAGAUCUCUUGCUAUGUAGUUCAGCGGAAACAUUUAGCCGUCGCUCAUGGAAGGUGUCUGUGUUCUCUUAAGGUUUCAUGUGCAAAAUGUG